UGAGAGCGGCCGUGCCGAGGCGCAGCGGAGCAGGAACACGGCUGGCUUAGGACGCGAUUAUGCGCGGCUCGCCACGCCGCUUUUCAAGGACACGUCUGUGGGUCGGGCGGACGGGCUCGGCGGUGUUGCGUGUGGGCGCCGGCGGGCGGCGGGAGCUGGUAUGUUCUGCGGCGGCCGGCUGGUAGCGCAGCAGCAGCGGCAGCAGCAGCGGCAGCAGCGGCAGCAGCAGCAGCAGGCCCCGUUCUCUGGCGCCGCCGGGCCUCGUUCCCGUGUCCAUGGUGGCCCUGCCCCGCCCUGCCCCUCUCAUGGCGGAGACUAAGAUCAUAUACCACAUAGACGAGGAGGAGACCCCCUACCUGGUCAAGCUGUCCGUCUCCCCGGACAGAGUCACCCUGGCCGACUUCAAAAAUGUCCUCAACAACCGACCCGUCCACAGCUACAAGUUCUUCUUCAAGUCGAUGGACCAGGAUUUCGGGGUUGUCAAAGAGGAGAUUUCUGAUGACAACGCCAAGCUGCCCUGCUUCAACGGGAGAGUGGUGUCCUGGUUGGUCCUGGCAGAGAGUGCCCACUCCGACGGAGGAUCCCAGUGUACGGAGAGCCAUCCAGAUUUGCCCCCUCCCCUGGAGAGAACAGGGGGCAUCGGAGACUCACGACCCCCCUCCUUCCAUGCCAAUGCAGUGAGCAGCCGAGAUGGCCUGGACACGGAAACGGGAACGGAGUCCCUCCUCAGCCACCGCAGAGAGCGGGAGAGAGAGCGUGCACGGAGGAGAGCGCGGGAGACCGAGCUUCCUCGCAUCAAUGGCCACUCUAAAUCGGAGCGCACGGCUAGGGACUCGGCUGUGGGUUACGACAGCGCCUCAGUGAUGAGCAGUGAGCUGGAGUCCAGCUCCUUUGUCGACAGUGAGGAAGAUGAAGAUGCAAGCAGACUCAGUAGUUCUACAGAGCAGAGUUCCUCCUCUCAGCUGAUGCGCAGACACAAACGGCGCAGACGGAGACACAAAGUGGCCAAAAUAGACCGGUCUUCAUCCUUCAGCAGUAUCACAGACUCCACUAUGAGCCUCAACAUUAUUACUGUCACACUCAACAUGGAGAAGUACAACUUUCUGGGUAUCAGUAUUGUCGGUCAGAGUAAUGACCGGGGAGACGGGGGCAUCUACAUUGGCUCUAUCAUGAAGGGAGGAGCUGUAGCUGCUGACGGAAGAAUAGAGCCGGGGGACAUGCUCCUCCAGGUGAACGAUGUGAAUUUUGAAAACAUGAGCAACGACGAUGCUGUGAGGAUCCUCAGAGAGAUUGUGUCCAAAACCGGUCCCAUUAGUCUUACUGUUGCCAAGUGCUGGGACCCGUCCCCACGAAGCUACUUCACCAUCCCUCGUGCUGAGCCGGUGAGGCCUAUUGACCCCGCUGCUUGGAUCUCCCACACGACUGCCCUGACAGGACCUUACCCACACUAUGAAUUUGACGACUUGCCGCUAUCCGCGAGUAAGACGGACAUGGCGACUAUUGUCAAGGUGAUGCAACUGCCCGACUCCGGUCUAGAGAUUCGAGACAGGAUGUGGUUGAAGAUCACCAUUGCCAACGCUGUUAUUGGUGCGGACGUAGUGGACUGGUUGUACUCCAGAGUGGAAGGCUUCAAGGACCGCCGGGAUGCGAGAAAAUAUGCCAGUAGUCUGCUGAAGCAUGGUUACCUGCGGCACACCGUCAACAAGAUCACCUUCUCUGAACAGUGCUACUACACCUUUGGGGACCUCUGCCAAAACAUGGCGUCGCUCAACCUGAAUGAGGGUUCCAGCGGUGGAGGCUCGGAGCAGGACACCCUGGCGCCCCUCCCCCCAACCAGCAACCCUUGGCCCCUGGGCGGGCAGCCAUUCCCCUACCCUCCCUUUCCCUCUGCCCCCUCCAGCUUCCCGCCAGGAUAUUCAGACCCGUGCCACAGUUUCCACAGUGGGAGUGCCGGCAGCCAGCACAGUGAGGGAAGCAGAAGCAGUGGAUCGAACCCCAGCGCCGGGAAAGGCAGGCGCUCCUCCCCACAGGAGAAGGGUCACAGGUCGACAUGCAGCGAAUCAGAGCCGGGCAUCCGUGGAGCGAGGCGCGGCGAUAGGUCCGCCAGCCAACUGAGCCACCACAGUCACGCCCUCUCUGGUCACAGCCAUGCGCCUUCAAAUUUCAGCCACACGCAAUCUCACAGGAGUCACUCUCACUCGCAGAACAGCCACACGUCCUUCACCUACAAGCACACUCCCUUCAUUCAGCCAGGGCCUGGCUCCUGCGCCCACAGCGAGCGAAGCCACGCCUCCUCCUACGGCCCCCCGGGCUUGCCUCCACCUUACUGUCUGGCCCGUCUGGCCCCCAAGACCUCCAUCAACAGCGGCACACCCCCUGGAGCCCCUCCAGGUCGAGAGCUAGCGGCCAUCCCCCCCGAGCUCACGGCGAGUCGCCAGUCCUUCCAGCAUGCUAUGGGCAAUCCCUGUGAGUUUUUUGUUGAUAUCAUGUGAUAGGACAGUGCCUUUCAAACUCAUCCAGCACAAAACCUUUUUUCCUGACCUGCUAAGCCCCUUCUCUUUUCCUCUUGUUUUCCUCUUACUUUUGACCCCUGUUUGCUACUGACUAUCCCCGAGUCCAGAAUGCAGACACUGGCGCGCCAUCUUUGUGCUAUUACGACGGUCUCUCUGAUGUCUAAGCUAAGGAAUAUGGGCAAAAUGAGCACAAGAGGAGGAAGUUCCCUCACACACAAAAGCACGGGUCGUCUGUGGCUUUAAGAAUUAAAAGUGCUCGGCUCUUUUGUAUUGACGUGAUGUGUACAGUUUGUGAAACGUGAGUGGUAUUCGUUGUGGUUAUCCUUUUAAAGCUGCCACACAGAUGUUCCCAGGAGUGUGUGUUCCACAUUAAAACAUUUUCUUUCUAUGAGACCUUUAAGCUGGCUGGGCCUGGAUCUCAAUCCCCCAGGCUCAGGCCCAGUCCCAGACCUAGAACCGUGACCCAGACAGAGUCUUCUCUAGGCUCAGGACCCGGACUGGAUCUUCGGGCUAUCCCCUCUGCACACGUUGCUAAAAUACACCACAUUGCACCAACCCUUUGGCUCUUGUUGACGUUUCCCUGCAAGCUGUGGCAUUAUCCAUCGCGUAUUUAAGAUCUUACCUGCCAGCUAAUAAUUGCUCACCCUGGUCAACUGACAGUCCUCGUAUCUCUUCAACUUCAUAAGGGAGGCCCACCAUUAGGGGAAGCCAGUCUUUAGUUCACAUAGGCUGCAUAUUGCAUGACUGUCUCAACUGCUUUAAAGGAGAGAACUUUUAUUGAUGAAUUUUGUUUUAAGGGUUAGAAAUUCUCUGGGGUCUUACCCCUUGCCAACUUUCUAAAGGAAGAAUCCAUACACUGGAUAAUUUUUGUGAUGUUAUUUAUGUGAUCAUGUUGCAUUGAUGGUGUCCCCAACGUUGUCUUAGUAUGGCUGACUGACAGACAAUCAAGACAUCACCCUUUGUGACUCGGUGGCCAAUGACCACUGUCCUAGCUGUGCUUUGUCGAAUGUAUCAUUAUCGCUGUCAGUUGCUGAACCCUGACAUUCAUAACUCUUUCGUUGUGAACAAAAUCGAUAUACUAGCAAGGAAAAUACUUGCAAACAGAACUGCAAACAGUGGACACCUGCUGCCGCAACCUGGAACGAUAACGUAAUGGGCUGCAUUGGGACAAGUUUAGAAAAACCAUAGUGGACGUCACCAUCAUUAGUUGUUAGCAUGAGCUAAAAAUUUUUUUUUAAAAAAACCAUGUGAGGAAAAACCAAAGCCUUACAUUAUGUGGUAAUGGAGGUUCCCGUAUAAUGCAGAUGUCAGUGAUCUAGACCCAUGUAUCUUCAUCAGCUCUUAUCUGAUAGUUCAAUAUAAGAAAUGUGAUGUCUACUGCAAUACUAGCCUCUAGAUCAGGGGUGUCAAACUGCAAGCCUCGAGGGCCGCAGUGUCUGCAGGUAUUUGUUGCAACCGUGCACUACACCACCUGAUUAAACUAGU